UCCUAAAUGAUGUUUAACUAAAGUUAACACGAUAUUAUUAGACUUUUAGGCGGAACGAAGUUCGCCGGGUCCGCUAGUAUGUAUAUACAUCUACAUUAUCUUCAGUCUUCCUAGUUCCUACCACAAAGUACCCACAUUGAAUACCGUAGAAAUACUACUAUCACGUUGUUAAUAUUCUCAUAUGCAUGUCUGUCGAUAAUAAUUGAUAAUAACAUCGUAAUUUAUAGGUUGUUACGACAUCAGCUGAUGACUGAUUUAAGGCUACACCGGCGCGCGGUGUUCGGCUCGCUAUUAUUUACACAGUAGACUUUGGCCCUUUAUAACCAAAACAACCUAGUCGUACAAAUUAUGCAAAUAUUUCAUAGUUAUUAGGUACUGGUAUCAAAGAGUAUGCAAACAUCGUUUUUAUUCGUUCGAGAUGUGUAUUAAUUAUUAAUACACCAUUAUAAUAUUCUAAAAGUGUCAUUGUAAUUUGAUUUUAUUCCGUUGUUGCUAUUUGGUUAUGUGUAGUGUGUACAUAUUUUUAUUAAUUAAUUCUUUCUUGUUUUGUUAAAAUUAAUACAUUAAAUUAUUAUCUACCUACUUAUAUAAUUAUCAAACAUUAAUCGCGUCAUAAGCUGUAUUACAUUUGCUAUGCAUAUAUAAUAGAUAAAGAAAGAAUAGUAAUUUAUUUUACAUAAGUAUCUCUUACAUUUUAUACAUUGGCGAUAUUGUAACUAAAUUUAAAAAAUGGUAAUAACGGUGCAUAAAAACAUUGUGUCUGGACCAGAAGAGGAACUUAUACCAGCGCACUUAUCCUAUGGACAGUUUCUAUAUGAUAAAUUUAAGAGUGGUGGAAAUAAAACAGCUCUAGUGUGUGGGGAGACUGAUAGAUCUGUGACCUACAGAGAUAUUCUGCAGAAAAGUGUUAAUUUAGCUGUAGCACUUCAAGGCCUUGGUCUGAAAAAGGGUGAUGUUGUUUCACUUAGCUGUGAAAACCGUUUUGAAUUUACAUCAACAUCCCUUGCUGUAAUAUUCUGUGGUGGAGUACUAUCUACUCUUAAUGUAACAUACUCUCCAGGUGAGAUAAGCCAUAUUCUAGAAAUAACAAAACCAAAGUUUAUAUUCACCUCACCAAUAACAGCACAAAAUAUAUAUGACUGUAGUAAGGACCUGAAAUAUGUUCAAAAGCUUAUCCUGUUUGGGGAAUAUGACGUUGUACCUGCACUGUUCUAUGAUGAAUUAAUUAAAGACCACGUCAAUAUUGAGGACUUUAAUCUAGUGGAUGUUAAUGGCGCUGAAGACACUGUGGCCAUUAUGUGUUCUUCAGGUACCACAGGAUUGCCAAAAGGUGUGAUGUUGACACAUGUUAACUUUCUAACACUAUCAUCUCAUAUGAGAUACUAUUUAAAUGCAUCUCAAGAAAGGAAGGGUCACAUUGUAAAAAGAGGGCUAUCCUUAAUACCAUGGUUCCAUGCGUAUGGAUUCAUAACAACACUGGCAGUUCUAGCAUUGCAUGUUGAAGUGGUAUUCUUAAUGAGAUUUGAGGAGGAACAGUUUUUAGCAACUAUAGAAAAGUAUAAGAUAAACAUGACAACAAUAGUGCCACCAUUAGCCGUGUUCUUAGCAAAACAUCCUCUUGUGACCAAGUAUGACCUGUCAUCACUCAACGAAGUGUGGUGUGGAGCUGCCCCACUUUCUAGAGAAAUACAAAUUGCCAUCAGUGAGAGAACAGGUAUAGACUUCAUAAGACAAGGCUAUGGGCUCACAGAAGUGACGAUGGCGUGUUGUGUGGACGUCAUAGGAAAAGCUAAGAUUGGGUCAUGUGGGACACCCGCUCCGGGGAUGAAGAUAAAGGUUAUAGAUAUAGAUUCCAAUAAACCUUUAGGUCCAAAUAAAGAGGGUGAGGUCUGGAUCAAAUCACCUCUUCGUAUGAAAGGUUACUUGGGAGAUCCUGAGGCUGGUGAUGCUCUGCUGGACAAAGAGGGUUACAUCAGGACUGGAGAUAUUGGAUACUAUGAUGAAGAAGGCUACAUCUAUAUUGUGGAUCGAUUGAAGGAACUUAUUAAAUAUAAAGGAUUUCAGGUGGCUCCAGCUGAGCUAGAAGCCUUAUUGCUCCGCAUGGAUGGUAUAGCAGACUGUGGAGUAGUUGGACUCCCAGAUGAAAUAGCUGGAGAGUUGCCCGUUGCCUUUGUGCUCUUACAACCCGGAGCCAAGCUGACAAAAACCCAGAUCACUGAAUACGUCGCGUCAAAGGUAUCGCCGGCGAAACGUUUGCGCGGCGGAGUUAUAUUUGUCGACGAAAUACCGAAAAAUCCGUCCGGGAAGAUAUUGAGACGAGAAUUGAGGAAGCAAUUACAGUCUGAUAAAAAGAGCAAACUAUAGUGCCAUAAACUAUGACUUACACAAUUGUUAUACAUAUUCAGAAAAAUUAUUUAUAUUAAAAUAAAACUAUGGACACUAUAUACAAAUAUUUAAUAUAUUUCUCCAAAAAUAAUUCAAUAAAUAUUAAGCAGAAAGCUUAUCUUUUAA